CAAGGCACCGCUGGGAUUCGAACCCAGGAUCUCCUGUUUACUAGACAGGCGCUUUAACCAACUAAGCCACGGCGCCUUCUUAAACUGGGAAAUUGCCCGAGGCUUUCAUGUAUAUUCACUGUAUACACCGAGAGUUUCUCUGAGGAGCGCGGUGUGUCUAUUGUACUCCCUGCGGGAUCUGACGUUAAUGUUUUUCUUUACAGCUCUGAAGAGGAGCGGAGCCUGUAGGCCAUCAGUCCUCACACAGGCGGGAGCUUCUCUGGGAGCAAAGUACAACCGAGGAAAGUGGGCGGGUUGACCUUUCGCUUACUUAACUAUCCGGGCUGUGCGCGACAUCAAGAGACACCCGCGAGUCGCUCCGGUAAGAGAAGGCAGAGGUCAUAACAGCGGAGCAGCGGCUGCAGGAGUUCUCUCUCACGCUUUGCAAUGGCAAAUGAAUCAAACCCGUGUCCUUGUGAAAUUGGAGAUAAAAAUCAAUAUGAAGGAAAAGGCAGUGAAAUACAAAUUGAACACAUAAAGGCUUAUGUGUGCAAACCAGCACGCAGUACAGACAAAGCUGUUAUUGUCGUUCAAGAUAUUUUUGGGUGGCAGCUGCCGAAUACCCGAUUCAUUGCAGAUCUUCUUGCAUCUCAUGGAUACAUAACAAUAUGCCCAGAUUUUUAUGUUGGACAAGAGCCUUGGGUCCCUUCAAAUGACUGGAAUACAUUCAAUGAUUGGUUACAGACUCGUCAAGCAACAAAAGUUGACCGAGAGGCUGAUGUUGUUCUUAACUAUCUUAAAACACAAUGUCAUGCAACAAAAAUUGGAGUUGUCGGAUUUUGCUGGGGUGGUAUUGUCAAUCACUAUCUAAUGUUAAAGUAUCCUGAGCUGAAAACUGGAGUUUCUUUUUAUGGAAUAAUUCGUGAAGCAGAAGACCGGUAUAAUUUGUUACAUCCAACACUGUUUAUUUUUGCAGAAAAUGACCCCAUUAUUCCACUUGAACAGGUAACAUCAUUGGAGGAUAAACUCAAAGAAUAUGCAAAAGUUGAGUUCAAAGUGAAGGUGUUUCCAAAGCAGACCCAUGGAUUUGCACACAGAAAAAAUAAAGAUAUUAAUCCUGAAGAUAAACCUUACAUUGAAGAAGCAAGAAAAGACAUGAUCAAUUGGCUUCAAAAAUUCAUCAACUAAUUCUACAUAUUCACAUAUCUAACCAUUUUAAACACUUUAAUAAAUAGACAUAGCAUGAGAAAAAUUCCCAUUUUUGUGGGAGCAGAAGUAUACUUGCCUAGGACUUACAUGUGUAAUAAAUGAUCAUUUCUUUCAUGUACAUAGAAAUGCCAACUAUUUGACUUUAAAAACAUUCAUGUACUUACCACUCAUGCAAACCUUUGGUAUGCUAUCUUCUCUCCUUAUAGCCACAUUACAUGGUAACUUGUUAUAAUUAAUCAUCUUUUUUAGUUUUUAAAUUAACCAUUAAAGGGGUACUCUGGAGGACAAAUCCACUGCUGCUAGAAAACUACAGAUUUUAAAUGAUGUCUAUAUAAAAAUCUUAAUCUUUCCAGUACUUAUCAUCUGCUGUAUGCUCCAGAUAAAGUUUUGUAGUUAUUUUCAGUCUGACCACAGUACUCUCUGCUGCCAUCUUCUUCUGUGUCAAGAAGCUAUGCUUCUGCUGUGGACAGUUUAUGACAAGGACUGAGUUGUCAACAGAGAGGACUGUGGUCAGACUGGAAAGAACUACAUAACUUUCUCUGGAGCAUACUGCAGCUAAUAAGUACAAUAAUGCUUAAAUGGGCACUCUCAUUAAAACAAAUUUUUGCUGUUUCACUCCUUAUGGUAAAUAAAAAAUAUUUCUAAUGUACUUUGU